AGGGAAGAGAAGGAAAGAUAAAUAACAGAUAGCUAAACACAGAAAUAAAGGUAUGGGGGAGUAAUAGCGUAAUCUACGGAGAGAGAUGAAGAGAAUGGCUGAGCUCAAAGGGACCGUCACUCGAGAUCAUGGAGCGAUAGAUUACUGAAAUAUAUUCCCUUGCUAAUGUUUUACUUAUUAAGGAGGAAGAGGAAGACAAAAGGAGAAAACGGGGAUAUCAAACAAAAUGAGAGAGUGGAAAGGUAGAUACAGAGUGGAUAGAAACAUAUUUCAGUGCGUUUAUUUUGACAAUAAAGUGGGUAAACGGACUUUGAAAAGCCUUCAUCUUCUGCAGGUGGUGAGUCCGAUGGACGGAGGACCUGAUAUCGAAGUCUGGCAGAGAGCUGGUGUUCCUACCGCCUCUUUGUACAAUGAAAACGAAAAGUACUUCUGGUUCCACCAUUCCGAUGGGGAUACGAUGAGCGUUGAAGAUCCAGACACUCUAGACAAAUGUCUUGCCCUUUGGACCUCAGUCGCCUAUGUUGCAGCUGAUAUCACGCACAAGAUCCCGCAGACAGAAGUUCAGCAGGAGGGACCUCGUGUUACUACAACUGCCCCUUGAAUGUAUAAUAAAUAUUGUUUGUGAAAUGA